ACCCACUAUCUUCAAAGACUCAAAGAGAUCAUUCAGUACGGAAAUUUUCCAAUGGAGAGAAGAGUUGGGAUUAUUGGAGCAGGAAUCAGUGGGUUAUUAGCUUGCAAAUAUGUUCUUGAAAAAGGAUUCCAACCCAUUGUUUUUGAAUCACAACCUGGUCUUGGUGGAGUUUGGAAUCACACAGUUGAAACAACAAAACUUCAAACACCAAAACAAGCUUUUGAGUUUUCUGAUUUUCCAUGGCCUUCUUCUGUCAAAGAAGAUUACCCAGACCAUAUUCACGUUAUGGAGUAUAUAAAAUCCUAUGCUCUUCAUUUCAAUUUACUUCCUUAUAUCAAAUUCAACACCAAAGUUCUGAACAUCGACUAUUUAGUACAAGAAGGACAAGAUAUGUUUUCAUGGAGUCAUUGGGGUGGUUCAGAUCAAGGUUUUGGUAAUCUUAAAGGUAAGUGGGAAAUUACUAGUACUGCAGUUCGAGAAAAUGAAAAUCAAGAACAUCAAGUUCAUGAAGUAGAAUUUGUGAUUCUCUGCGUUGGCCGGUUCAGUGGGGUUCCAAAUAUUCCUGAUUUCUCACCAAAUAAAGGUCCAGAUGCUUUCCUCAAUGGUAGAGUUUUGCACUCCAUGGAUGAUUCUGAUGCUGCUAACUUCGUCAAAGGGAAACGUGUCGUGGUAGUUGGACUUGGAAAAUCAGCUUUAGACAUUGCUAAUGAAUGCGCCAUAGCCAACGGGGUGGAAAAUCCUUGUACAUUGAUAUACAGAAAUGCACAUUGGAAUGUACCUGAUUAUUUUCCAUACGGCGUGUUUCUUGGUUCGCUAUACCUUAAUCGUUUCUCCGAACUUUUGCUCCAUAAACCUGGUGAAGGACUAUUCCUUAGUCUCUUAGCCACUCUUCUUGCACCUCUAAGAUGGGCAGCUUCGAAAUUUGUUGAAAGCUAUAUCAAUUCCAAGAUUCCCUUGAAAAAAUACAAUUUGGUGCCAGAACACAGCUUCUUACAAGAAAUUUCUUCUUGCUCACUCGCAACGGCACCUGAGAAGUUCUAUGAUAGAGUAGAAGAAGGAAGCAUUAUCUUUAAGAAGGCAAAGGGGUUUGGCUUCUACAAAGACAGGUUGAUAUUUGACAAUGAUGUAACUGCACCUUUAGAAACUGAUAUUGUGAUCCUUGCUACCGGUUAUAAGGGGGACGAAAAGCUCAAAAAUAUCUUCAAAUCACCGACAUUCCAAAACUACAUUAUGGGAUCCUUGAAACCCAGUGUUUCCUUAUACAGAAAAUGUAGAGGCACGUAAACUACGCUGUCUUAAAGGCAAUAUCGCCUGCCACUCCUCUG